UUCCGGUCAAAACAGGGUUACUUCCGGUUUGUGAUGAUUUCUCAGCUGUCGCACGUGUUGCAGACAUAGCGCGCUUCUAUGACGAUUUCCCCCAAGUUGUAGUUUAAUCAGGACGACCAUGUUGUCCCUUAUCGUGCACGUGAGGUCCCUGAAGUACAUGGUGCCGUGUGCCAUGAUGCUGCUGCCUGCCACGCCGUAUUUCCUGACGUCGGCGGCGCUGAAGCUGCUGUCUGCGGCCCUCCCCCGCCGCUGGUACCGCUGGGGUGACGACUUCAUGUACACCGUCUACCAGAGCAUGGUGCUCUUCUUCUUCGAGCACUGCACAGGAGUGCAGGUUGUGUUGUAUGGUGAUGACCCAUCCAAGAUGCCACCUGAAAACAUCAUCUACCUGUCCAACCACCAAUGCACAGUGGACUGGGCAGUGGCAGAC